CUGGCAUAUGACAGUUUUCAGUUGCAACAGCGGCUAUUCGAACGCAUCUGACGGCCACCACCACUGCGGGCACUGCUGCUCAUUGAACAUUCUUGCACAUACGUUCAAAUAAGAAGAAUCACACAAUCUUGCGGUCUUCUCUGUCCAUUGCUCGGGCCGGAACGCGCAGCCAGCAGCCGAAACAGAUCCCGUUCGAAUCCGCACCGAAAAUACAACCUUGUUGGGGGAACAAGAAGAGCAAAAAGAAAAAAAAACCUAGGAUGGCACUCAAUCCGCAAUACGAGGAAAUCGGGAAAGGAUUCGUCACCCAGUACUACGCAAUGUUCGACGAUCCGCUGCAGCGGCCCAACCUUGUGAAUCUCUACAAUGCGGAAUUAUCCUUCAUGACAUUUGAGGGUCAACAAAUUCAAGGAGCAGCCAAAAUCCUGGAAAAACUCCAGGGUCUCACCUUCCAAAAAAUCAACCGAGCGCUAACGGCAGUCGACUCGCAGCCAAUGUUUGACGGAGGUGUUCUAAUCAAUGUUUUAGGUAGAUUACAAUGUGACGAUGAUCCGCCGCACGCGUACGCCCAGCUGUUCGUCCUGAAACCGAUGGGAGGAUCGUUCUUCUGUGCUCAUGAUAUUUUCCGUUUGUGCAUCCACAACUCGGCAUGAGAAAUGCCAGCCGGAAGCCAACCGACGGAGAGGAAGAGGAGGAGCAGAAGGAGAGGGAUGUAGAAAGAGCGAGUAACCGGGUAGACGGAGAGAGAGAGAGACAGUGGAAAGGCGACGUAUCAUACGGAGGAGUAAAACGAAUGAAGUAUCAAACGUUCUAGGUCUGUAUCAGCCUUUUGGAAUCGACGCUUAUCCAUCAUGCUUAACACACUUUUUUGCUAACCAACAAAGUAAGAAAUAAAAUAAAGAUAUGAUUGGAACAAUUAUUAAAUAUUUAAGAAAAAGGACACUUCGUUCGAUUGUAAUCACAUCACAGAGACCAUAGAUUUUCAUGCUCAAAAUGAGAAGGCUCUGAAUUUCAAGCUGUCAAUUUACUGGUUCAGAGGCCAAACACGGUAAUUUUCUUGUAGAGAUUAAAUCACGUACAUUCACUCUCUUUUUUAUUUCAUGUACUAUUUUUUGACCUAGGAUUACGUCUUUCGGCAUUGGGGUACAAACUGAAAAUCGUUAAUCGAGCACAUCGUGAAAAUUGGCCAAUUUCAAAUGCUUAUUACUCACUCAUUUCAGGAUGGAUUGAUGAAAUUUUUGCGUCAAAUGAUUUCGGUACUCUAUAACAAUUUUUUGUACUGAAUAAAAUGAUAUAUGUCAUGAAACUAA